AUGUUGGUUAUACGAAAGUUUGGGUUAAGAGAGAGUAAAGGAGUUCUUAGAGUUCGGUUAUCUCAAGUUAGGAAUAUUCAUGGUACUGUGGCCUUAUUGAAAGAGAAGAAUGAAGAAUCCAAAUCAAGCGAAGAGCAAAAGAUAAGUCCUGUGGACCUUUCAAGUGCAUUAAAGCACACUUCAAAACUUAGAGUCACAAAUCAAGAAUUCGCUACCCUAGACCAGGAAAUAGAUCUUUCACGAACUAAGAAGGUUUCUAAAAAGUAUACUCAAGAUAUUAAUAGGAAUGUGCUUUCUCCAGAAGUUCAGAAUGCGAUCAAGACAGAAGACACAACUGCCCCUACACCAACAAGAAAUUUAAGAUCUAAGACGAAUUCCAAGCUUUUGGUUGGAUUUACAGGCAAGCCUCUGUCGAAGGCACCGCCAAAAAGAAACACGUUAAGCAAACAUGCAGCAUUUCCAAAGUCAUCAAGAAGCCCCAAGCCGCAUAAGGCACCACCAUUAAGUAAAGAGGCAAUAGAAAUAAUCAGUGAAACAAUAUCCAUAGAUGAAGACGUCAAACAGGUCCAGCAACUUGAUAAAUCAAAAAUUGCCAGAUUGGCUCACAAAUUAGACAGAACCUUAUUUUCACCAGGAGUUCAUUUUUUGCAAGACCCUAGAACAAGAAUAUAUAAUUUCACGCCAUAUUUAAAGAAAAUAAUAAAAGUUGACGAGUUCAACUUCGAUGCAAUAGAAACUUUUGUUAGUGUAUCUAAAGAUCAAUCAUUAUUGAAAGUUGCAGAGCAAGAGAAUAAAAAGUUCUACUCUUCUACAUCGUCCAUGACAUCCGCCUUGAUUCAAUUUUACCUCCUAUUAAAUAACUAUAUGCCAAAUACCGAAGAAAGGUUUCCAUUUCCCAAAUUUUCUGGUGCUAUAGAGAGGGUAGCAAGUAGUGUGGUUGUUCAACCAAAAGAGAGGAAUUCUAAAACAGGCGAAAUGAUAUAUGCGGUAGAAUCAGAUAAAUCAGCAGACACAGAGAUCCUUUUGUCAGUCAUGGGUCAUUGUUUAGAGGCACUAUUAACAACCGAAGAAAAAGAAUUCGAAAGAUAUACACUCAAUUAUAAGAACCAGGAAAUAUUAGACUUACAACAUAAGCAACAAAUGGAGGACCAAGAAGAUAAACCGCAGAAUACGUAUAAUUAUGCAUCAUAUGGAGAUUUCUUGAUGAGAUCUCAAUUAGAUUGUUAUGACGAAAGACUUCCAGGAAAUGGAACGUUUGAUUUGAAAACUCGAGCAGUGUGUGCUAUUAGGUAUGAUAGCGGAAAUCCAGACCUAGAAAAUAACACUUAUCAAAUUUGGAAAUUGAAUGGUAAUCUUGAGUCGUUUGAAAGAGAAUAUAUUGAUUUGAUCAGAACAGGAGCAUUACUUAAGUACAGUUUCCAAGCCAGAAUCGGCCAAAUGGAUGGGAUUUUCAUUGCAUAUCACAACAUCAACUCUUUCUUUGGAUUUCAGUAUUUGCCUUUGAGCGAAAUCGAUAGCACAUUCUACAACCACAGUAGAAAUGAAAUCACCAGGCACAUAGGAGCCACAAGCUUAGAGGACAUCGAUGAUGACUUACCAUCAUAUGUCGCCGACACCCAAUUCAAAAUGUCAUUAGAAAUAUGGGAAAAAUUGUUGAAAGUGAUCAUCAAAGAUAUCAAUCAAGUAGAAGAAUUCAAGGAUACUGCAUUCAGGCUCGUUUUGAAGUCAUCUAGGAUACCUGGCUCAUCAAGACAAAGAAUGCAUGUUAUGGCUGUUCCAUUAGAUCAAGAACAGGUCCACAUGCUCCAAAAAUUCCCCUCUACAUUCAAAACAGGUUACAAAGAGGAAAUCACUCCCGAAGAAAGGCUUCAAAACCUCACUAGACAUCGGGACGAACUAAAUGAAUUCAAUAAAAAAACUACAAAGUCUGAUCUAGGUGUACUAUCGUAUUGUAUUGACGUGGACCACUAUUUUGGAAAUGCAAAAUCCCCUGUCAAGGAGUUGCACGCAUAUCCGAGAUCAAAAGACCAACCAUGGAAACUUAGAUACUCCAUUAAAAGAUUACCCAACAACCCCAAGCAGUAUUUAGAUUUACUCGCCACAACUACAGAUAUGUUAACUUCAAAUCACAAAAAGAAUCUAGAAUCAACUCAAAAUGAUGAUUACGAAUUUUCCUUGAAUAAUGUGGACGCAGCACAAUCUUCCGAUCGCAAAAAAGUCACUGAUAAGGCAAACGUGUUAAAAGUAUAUUCUGCUAUAGGAAAAGCCAGGGCUGAGAAAUGGGAGGAGAAGGACGCCAAUCCUGUUAUGUAUAAACCCAACCCAUAG